AUGUGGGGAAGAAGAUCCAUUGCGAGAGCUGGCGUAGCAUUUCAGGCCCGUCCACUCACCGUCCGCCCUGCCCCUCUUCGCACUAUACACUUGGUCUCGCGCACUCUGCCAACUCGACCUCGUCUACGUUUUCCUGCUUUGAAAACCUUCACGCCCGCCAGACAUUGCUCCGCUGAAGUCCGCAUGAUGGCCUCGCAAGAAAGAGAGACCCUGCCUGAUGUGGCCAAACCCAUCAACUACCACGUCUCUCUCUUCGAUUUACAGCUCGGUGGCUCGUGGGGAUAUAAGGGUACUUUGAAGAUCGAUCUCCAAGUCACCCGCGCUACAACCGAAAUUGUGCUCAACUCAAAGGAAAUCAACGUGCAAAAUGCCGAGAUCCUGGACAAGGAUGGAAGCCAAUUGGCCAAAGCAUCUGGAAUCACCUAUGAUAAAAAGUCGGAACGAGUCGCUUUGGCGUUCUCGCAGGAAGUUGCGCCAGCAGACGUUGUUCUGUCAAUCAACUUCACCGGUACCAUGAACAAUGCCAUGUCCGGUUUCUAUCGCUCGAAGUACAAGCCUACUGGAGAGGUAUCGGCCGACACCCCCAAGGAAGAUGACUUCCAUUAUAUGCUGAGUACUCAAUUUGAAUCUUGCGAUGCACGACGAGCCUUCCCUUGCUUUGAUGAGCCAAACCUGAAGUCCACUUUCGAUUUCGAAAUCGAGGUCCCCAAGGGACAGACGGCUCUCAGCAACAUGCCUGUGCUUUCCGAAAGAGAAGGUAGCACACCGGGACUGAAGUUUGUGACUUUCGAAAAGACACCAGUGAUGAGCACUUAUCUUCUGGCUUGGGCGGUUGGUGACUUCGAAUACGUUGAGGCUAUGACUGAGCGCAAGUAUAAGGGCAAGAGCAUUCCCGUCCGGGUCUACACUACUCGUGGUCUUCAGAACCAGGCUCGGUUUGCGCUUGAAUGCGCUCACCGCACGGUGGAUUAUUUCUCAGAGGUCUUUGAGAUCGAGUAUCCGCUUCCGAAGGCUGAUUUGCUCGCCGUUCACGAAUUUGCCAUGGGCGCCAUGGAAAACUGGGGACUCGUGACCUACCGGACGACUGCCGUUCUUUUCGACGAGGGAAAGUCGGACAACCGCUAUAAGAACCGAAUUGCUUAUGUUGUGGCCCACGAGCUGGCUCACCAAUGGUUUGGUAACCUUGUCACCAUGGACUGGUGGAACGAGCUGUGGCUCAACGAAGGCUUCGCAACCUGGGUCGGCUGGCUUGCCGUCGACCAUUUCUACCCAGAAUGGAAUGUCUGGUCUCAGUUUGUCGCUGAAGGUGUGCAACAAGCUUUCCAUCUCGACUCGCUGCGCGCUUCCCACCCUAUCGAAGUCCCCGUCAAGAAUGCCCUCGAGGUUGAUCAAAUCUUCGACCAUAUCAGCUACCUGAAGGGAAGCUCGGUCAUCCGUAUGCUCAGUGUUCACCUUGGCAGAGAGACUUUCCUGCGGGGAGUUGCAGACUAUCUCAAAUCGCACGCCUAUGGAAAUGCGACUACUAACGAUCUGUGGUCUGCUCUGAGCAAAGCCUCCGGCCAAGAUGUGCAUUCCUUCAUGGACCCUUGGAUUCGCAAGAUCGGUUUCCCUGUCGUCACUGUGGCAGAGGAGCCCGGCCAGAUCACCGUGAAACAAAACCGCUUCCUGUCCACCGGCGAUGCGAAGCCGGAGGAAGAUGAGACCAAGUGGUGGAUUCCUCUUGGCAUUAAGUCGGGACCUCAACUAGCCACCGUUGAUACCCGUGCUCUUACUCUCAAAUCCGACACUGUCCCUGGAAUUGGCGAAGAUUCUUUCUACAAGAUUAACAAAGACUUGUCAGGCUUCUACCGGACCAAUUAUCCUCCUCCACAUCUGGCCAAGCUGGGUCAAUCGCUUGAUCUCCUCAGCACCGAGGACAAGAUCGGUCUCUUAGGAGAUGCUUCUGCUCUCGCAGUCUCCGGAGAAGGCACCACACCUGCCCUGUUGACACUUUUGGAGGGAUUCAAGAAUGAGCAAAAUUAUCUUGUCUGGUCCCAGGUCUCUGCUUCUUUGGCGAACCUUCGAUCGGUAUUCUCACAGAAUGAGAAGGUCGCCGAGGGUUUGAAACAAUUCACUCUCCGCUUAGCCACCCCUGCGGCGGAACGCAUCGGAUGGGAAUUCCAGCCUGGUGAAGACUACCUAGUUGUGCAACUGCGCAAGCUCUUGAUCUCCAUGGCCUGUAAUGCGGGCCAUGAAGGAUUUGUCGCGGAAGCCAAGCGUCGCUUUGAUCUCUGGGCUGACGGUAAGGAUGUGAACGCCAUCCACACUAACUUGCGAUCGGUAAUCUUCGGUGUCAAUGUGUCGGAGGGUAGCCGUAAGGCGUACGACGCUGUGAAGGCCGAGUAUCUCCGUACGGACUCUGUGGAUGGCAAGGAAAUCUGCUUAUCGGCUCUUGGACGCACCAAGGACGCUGCUUUAGUGAAGGACUACCUGGACUUUGUGUUUUCCGACAAGGUGGCUGUUCAGGAUCUCCACAGCGGUGCCGUCUCUUUGGCUGGCAACUCGAAGGUCCGUCAUCUGCUUUGGGGGUACAUCAAGGAGAACUGGGAUGCAGUCUCCAACCGACUGUCCUUUAACAACGUUGUUUUCGAGCGCUUCGUCCGCAUGGGGCUGUCCAAGUUUGCCGAUCACCAGAUCAGCGAGGACAUUGCGGCCUUUUUCCAGGACAAGGACACGGUUGCCUACGACCGCGCGCUCGUGAUUGUUGCCGAUAACAUUCGGACAAACGCGUCCUACAAGGAGCGCGACGUGGCGUUGGUUCUCGAGUGGCUGCAAGCUCAUGGCUACGCUUAA